GAGCUGCAUUGUCAUGCGAGUGAUUUCUUCGGAAACACCUGUGAAUAUGAGAGUUAUGGAGUCCGAACAGAAUACAACUUUUAAGGAAUGUUUCCCAUCAAUAUUACACAGUAUUAAGGCAGUAAGGUUGCACUCUCAAAUCGGACCAUCAUGGCCAGAUGUAUUGUAUAAUAAAACUACUGGGAUUAGGCACAUUGCAUAGCUGAUUUGAGUCAUAGACGCGCCAAGCAGCUUCAUUUCAGCCAUCAGGGAGGAUCGAUAGACUCAGGCGUGCGCGUCAGUGCUGCGGACAGGGACGCGCAUCAGACUGGCGCUUUGCUUUAGUAACUUCAAUAAACUGCGCUCGUCAGAUCGUGGGCUGGGCUGGGGGCGCGUCUGGUCGGCAGCCCCCCUUCCCGUGUGACUGCCUCAGUCCUCGGGCAGCCUGCGCACGGUGCGUCUCCGAGCUGCACAGCGAUGCAUCCGCGCAAUGAGACGCGGUCUGGGCGCGCACACCGCUCUGGGUAGCGCUGACCACUCAUCGUCACGCAAAAUCUGCUGCGGCGGAGAACCUAUCGAUUCCCCCAAAUCUGCGCAAUUUACCCGCCAUAUAGAUUUUGCGUUUAGAAUUUUGAUAUUGAGUAAAAAAAAAAAAACAAUAACUUUUAUAAUGGCAUUGCCAAAUAAUGGAUCCAACAGCAGCGCUGGCAUUCCCGGGAAUAUCACGAACCAGUUCGUGCAGCCGCCGUGGCAAGUGGCGCUUUGGUCGGUCGCCUACAGCUCCGUGCUGGCCGUGGCCGUCUUCGGCAACUUGGUAGUCAUCUGGAUCAUUCUGGCUCAUAAGCGCAUGCGAACCGUCACCAACUACUUUCUGCUGAACCUGGCGUUUUCCGAUGUGUCCAUGGCUGCCUUCAACACCCUCAUCAACUUCAUCUACGCCGCCCAUGGAGAGUGGUACUUCGGCAAGGCUUACUGCAAGUUCCACAACUUCUUCCCGGUGGCUGCGGUCUUCGCCAGCAUCUACUCCAUGACUGCCAUCGCCGUGGACAGGUACAUGGCCAUCAUCCACCCGCUGAAACCCAGGCUGUCGGCUACAGCGACCAAGGUGGUGAUCGCCUCCAUCUGGGUGCUGGCCGUGGUGCUGGCCUUCCCACUCUGCUUCUACUCCACCACCAAGAAGAUCCCGCGGAGAACCCUGUGCUAUGUGGCCUGGCCCAGGAACUCCAAGGACCCCCUCAUGUAUCACAUCAUCGUGACCGUUCUGGUGUACAUGCUGCCCCUAGUGGUGAUGGCCAUCACUUACACCAUCGUGGGGGCCACCCUAUGGGGAGGCGAGAUCCCCGGAGACACGUCUGACAACUACCACGGGCAACUUCGGGCCAAGAGAAAGGUGGUGAAGAUGAUGAUCAUUGUGGUGGUGACCUUCGCCACGUGCUGGCUGCCCUAUCACAUCUACUUCAUCGUCACGGGCGUAAACAGGAGACUCAACAAAUGGAAGUAUAUCCAGCAGGUCUAUCUCUCCGUGCUGUGGCUGGCCAUGAGCUCCACCAUGUACAACCCCAUCAUCUACUGCUGCCUUAACAGCAGGUUCCGGGCCGGUUUCAAGCGCGCGUUCCGCUGGUGCCCAUUCGUGGAGGUGUCCAGCUAUGACGAGCUGGAGCUGCAAGCCACGCGGCACCACCCGGCGCGGCAGAACAGCACCUACACCCUCUCCCGCAUGGAGUCCAGCAUGGUGGUGGUUUACGACCCAGCCGACGGCGACAACCCCGGAUCCGGCCGUGGCAAGCGGCCUGGCUCCCGUCACGCCAGCGCCAACGGUUGCCACCGCAGCAGCGUUAAAGCUUCCCUGCGGCCCAACCUGUACAGCACCACCAGCACGUCGCCGGAGGAAUUCUCCUGAGAGCUGGGGAAGAGCGCAAUCCCCGAGUCGGGACACUCUCCAGAAUCCUGGAAUGCAUCCUCCAUCGCUUAGUGGUUUGUGUGACGUCCACGCACCAUUCCGUGCUUCUCGAGAACAUCUUUUGGCUUUAGACCCAGACAGGACACCAGCAGGACUUUUCUAGAAGGGUUUCUCUUGUUGCUCCUGGUUAAUGAAAAGCAAGUCAUUGCGAUGUUCAGUUUUCACCUGCUACGUGGACCUUAUCCAUCCUGGGACUAUUCAGUUUGCUUUCAUCCUACCGAAAUCUUCUGUACCUGCAACCGUUACGAAAUGCGUCGAAUGUCAGUUCUAGUCUUUACCACCUAGCAGCUAGAUGUUGACAUGAAGGUUGUGCGUUGAGGUGGUUUUUUCAGAGCGACACUGAGACAUGAUCCACUGGGAAGCCGGGAGCAUCACAGAGUGUCACCAGCAGGGGGCGCACGGGAGCCGCAAAGCCGCGCCUUUGGGGUGUUUGUCUUUCGGAUAGCCCCCGCUAACUCAGUUAGCAUUACAUCAGCGUGGUAUUUACAGUGUCUGACACACGGCGGUUGCUCCUCCGCAUCCACUGGGACAUUCAACUCAAAGGCCACCCGGGGCAGGAGACAAACCCCUGGAGCAAGAGGCGGAUGGUGAAGGACGCUUCCUCCGUUCAGAUAUCUGCAAGUGUGCUCCAUGGCUUCCUGUCCGUAAUCACAUUGCACGAUAAAGUGUUUACACCCUGUCCAACAGUGGCAACAGGCAAGACCCACAAGAUAAAACCAACUAAAAAUUUCAUUUCAGGGCUUCUGGGAGGCCCAGGUCUUUAUAAACUCUAGUUACAGGAUUAUUUUUUAUCUCGUUUACCAUAAUAUCUCCCUAUGUCCGUUUUUCACAUCGAAUUGCCUGUUUUUUUUUUUUUCUCUCUCUCUCUCUCUCUCUUGCGUGUGUAUGUACGCAAGUCAAACCAAUAAGAUUAUAUCAUCAUCUUUGGUAGUCUGAAGAUUAUUUCAGGCUGUAAUGAAAGGACUGACUUAGAGCUUAUAUUAGGAAUCAUGAGCGUAUUAAAACUAAAGUAACGAAGAUGUUAGGAACAGUCAUGUGACCACCGUGCAUCAUCGGCAGUCAUUACGUGUGUGCUCCGUUUAUCGUGCAGGAUAAUCACGUUGUGGUUUGCUGGUACCUUCACUAGCUGGAUUUCAGUCUGAUGUUUUGUGUAAAUAUUUGCAGUUUUACUGUGAGGUGUUAAACCCAAGAGUAAAAAUGCUUUUUUUUAUAUACAGAUGUCUGCGAUGAAGGAGGUAUCAUCUAUUGCCUGGGGGAGUGGGUGGCUGUCAUAGAUCCCCCCCCGCCUCAAUUUAAAAUGCCGACACACUUGGAAGAGGAGGUGAAGGGGGUGCGGAGAGAGGUCCUGCGUGUGGAUAAUCGUUACCUGCACUCCGGAUGCACAUGAUAAACAGCCCUGGAGCCCCCUCCUCUAAGGCCAGGGGUGGGCAAUCUUAUCCACAAGGGGCCGGUGUGUAUGCGGGUUUUCGCUGCAACUCCCUAAUUAGGUCACUAAUUAGAGGACUGAUUGCCUGAAGAGUCCUCACACCUGGGUUUGAACAACUUAUCUAAAGGUUAUCCCAGAAACCUGCAUACACACUGGCCCUUUGCGGAUAAGAUUGCCCACCCCUGUCUAAGAUGGAAGGUGAGGGUCCAUGACGUCUAAUAAUAUCCGUAGCGAUCACGUAUUCAGACACGCAGCCUAUUAAAUAACCAGUGGUAUUACCCAAUCCCCUUAGGUGACGAGUAUUAGUAUUUAGAGGAGGUCUAUCGCUCACAUGCCGCGUAUUUUAUCUUCCGGCUUCAUUUUCAUGCUGAUACUUAAGUUCAAAGCAGACGAACUGCGACAAGCGAUUAAAAGCACUAUAUUAUUUUAAUGUAGCUGCCAGUCUGUGCAUUAUUUAAUCCAAGAGGGCACAAUACUUUUUUCUUGGCUGUCUUGGACGUGGGUGCAGAUUUCGAGUCAAAGCAACAGCGAAAUAUAUUGUCGGGAAUGGGGGGUUGCAAGGGCAGCAGAUGACAAGGAACAGAAACAGAAAUGAGAAAGAACAUUCCAGUCUUCAAAGCUGAAGUUAAAUGAGCAUCGAGCCCCCCAAACUCCCAGUACAAUCUGCUAUGCUGUGGUACCGGAGUUGCCAAGUGAGAUGACAUCACUAUCUCCAAUAUAACUUAUAUAGCUUAUAAAUCCAAGUACAUUUGCACAGCGAUUCAAUCAGAAUGAAUUAGUGACUGAUUUCCAGCACGUGCAAUUUACACAUUGAGUGUGCAACACAGUACAGUACUCACCGACCCCUUGGGCGCCCCACUGACGUUAAUAUAUCUAUAAUCGCCGAUCCUCAUUGAAACUGCAACACUGGUCAUAACCAGUGUCUGGGGGCAGCCCCAUGGUGUCGGGAAGCGACCUGCCCGGGGUCUGCCACUGUAUCCUCCGCUUGAGAGCUCUGAGAAUUUGAUAGUGUUCAUUUAAUUAUCGGUGCUUAUAGUGACAGCUGUUUAUAUAUCGCUUGUAUGUAGAAGUAUUGUUAAUAUUAUAUAUGUGCACUUAGUUAAGAAUAUUGGAAUGUAGCCUGAACACGGAGUUCCCCAUUUUCAUUGAGAAAGGGGUAAUUCCAAAAUCAAAAUGUUCAAAACUGUUUUAAGAUGUAUCGUAUUUCUCCGUUUCUUUUCAUUGGUUUGCAUUGUGGCCUCACAUUGUGUUUGUGGAUAUGAUUCCCAUCCCCGCUUACACAUGCCCCCAAUGUUUGCACUGGGGUAACCACCUCCAAGCAGACCAAAUGUGUGGUUAGUAAAUUUGUGAAAUAAUAUUUGAAAUCCCAGUAAACUGUACCUCAAAGACAUAAACCAGUAUUUUGCAUGCUCAUCACACACACACACACACACACACACACAAACACACACACACACACCAAAUGCUUAACAUUUAAAAACUAUUAAUCGCAAUUAAUCACAAUGACGUCACGUAGACGGACGCACUCUUUUCCCAGGGCAGCCAACUUCGGUCCGCUGGGUGGAGCGAGAUUUUCAAUCCGAGACCAGUCUGGACAGUUUUAUUACCUUGUAAAUAGUAUGUGGGGCUUGUGAACUACCCCAACGCUUCUGAUGUAGCAAAUGUAGGGUUAUAAUGGAAUAAUAUAGAUUUGCCGAUAGAUUUCUUGCGUGAGAGUCUGAAAGCGUGAUGUCACGCCGGACGCGUUGGUUGGCAACCCUGCUUUCGGUGUGCGUCAGUUUCUGACUUUCGGUGGCUAGCAGUUCGGUAUUAUUCAGCAUUAGGAGCCACUUGGAUUCAUAAUAAUAUUUUUUUCCCCCCCUUACAAUCCGCUGUUGCGAAACAUCAUGAACGCAGCCGAAAAACCCCGCAACCUCCAGCUAAUACCUACCCGCUAUUCUAUUUACAAAAUAGCCCAAUUGGGCAGAAUAUCCCCGCUGAAAAUGCGGGACAAAGGGUCAAAGUGCCGUGGGGCGCAAAGCGGGAUACCUGACCACCCUAGUUUGCAAUGGCUUUCUGAAAGUGUGUGACCUUGAUGGACUAAACUGCCAUCCAGGCUGUACCCCUGAAAAAAUAUACAUUUUGACACCCCUGAAUGCCCAAAUGUUGUUUUUAUUAUACAGCUCUCCGUGGAGCAUUACAUGAGUUUUAUAAUUAAAUUAAAUCCCAUAUAUGAAACCAAUCGUUGUGACACCCAACAAGCAAAACGCCCAUAUUCGUGAUGGAUAUCGAAAACAAUUUGCUUCUAGUGCUUGUAAAUGCGUGUUUUGUCCUUGUCGCUUUGUUCGUAAAAGCAAACAGCUGAGUUACCGUAGGUAGUGCUCUAUGAAUCAGAAAAAAAUAUCAGAAUCGUCUGAUUUAUUAUUACCUUCAUCCUCGAUUUCAAACGUUAGCAGUGACAUAUUUUUAGCUGUGAUUGUUUUGCCGUUUACAUGCUAUUUUGAUGUCAGAAAUGGAACUGCUUUGUAAGUGCUAAUUACCUCUGUACUUCAAAAAAAAAAAUGGAUGUUUAAAUUCGUAUCGCGCCUUUUAUAAUAUGUUACCGAUGGACCCUUAUUUUGAAGUGAUGUGGUGCGUUUCAUAACCUGCCGUUUUGUACAUUUUGUCGAUGGCUGUUAAAUGUUAUAGGCUUUUAACAAU